AUGUUGUGGAUGGUGAGCCUGGCUGUGUUCUCACCUGCUCCGCUGAUCCUGGACCAGCUGGGGAGCCUAGCCAACAGGGGGAGGAGGAUCCUGGAUCCUGAUUGCCCACAGCAAGAGGUGGGCAGGGUCUUGGUCUGGUCUCUGGGUCACCAGGACAAGCUCAGGGCUGGUGCCAAUCUGGACCAUGGCCAGGGGCUGGUCCAGAGCCCCUCCCUGAAGCAGCAAGCUCUGGAAGCUGAGCUGUGCACCUCGCCCCGCGGAACCCCCCAGGAGGACCUGGAACUCCCCCCUUGUACCAAUGACUACCAGAGCCUAACCCCAUCUCUCCAAAAUCUCCCAAAACAGGACCAGGACAUCAUCAGCACUUCACUGACAGAAGCCAGUCCAGUCCAGAGGGCCCCCGUGUCUCUCUCUGAGGGGAGUAGCAGUGAGUGUCUGCUGACCCCUUGUCCUAGUCCUCUCCUCCAUCGCCUCGCGGCUGGUGACUGUCCCAUACCGUCCCCCCGCUGCCACAACCUCAGCCAGGGCCAGCGCUUCAACACAGACCCGGAAACAGCCCCAUCCCCACCCUGCUCACAAUACAUCAGGAUGGCUCACUACACAGUCAGGACUGAACCAGCAGAGGGAGCUAUCAAGACCCCAUCAGUCACAAUGCUAAACAGACACAUCCAGAACCUGAGGAAGAGGAUCAGACAUUUUGAGGAGCGCUUUGAGCAAGAGAGACACUACAGGCCAGCAUACAAUGAUAAGACUGCCCACCCAGAAAUAUCUAGACUGAUGCGAGACCUCACUAAGUCUCACAAGCAGCUCAAAGAGCUGAAGCUGAAACAGUGUGUGGAGGGGCUCAGAGAGCAGCAGAGAGGACUGAACACAGCUACAUGCAGGUCCACCAGAGACCCCCAGGGGGCGAUAGAGCACUACCAGAACAGUAACAACAAACCCUCACUGAAGGAGACUGUCGAUAGCCUGAACAAGAGAAUGAUGGAGAAACGACAGGAGGGACUGCCAGAUAACAUCAAGGUAAAACUACACAUCGUGAAUUACCAGGAGAUGACUCCGGCUCAGAUGGCUGUGGAGAAGGUCACCCUGCAGAAGUGUCUGCUCCACUUUGAGAGCCUGCAUGGACGACCGAGCACCAGGCAGGAGAAGACUCUGAUGAAGCCUUUCUAUGAUCGCUACCGCCAGGUCAAACAGCAGCUCCUGUGUUCCUCCACCACCAUCCCUUUCAUCACCUCCAUAGAAGAAGAGGAGUGUUCUGAUGAAGAGUAUGUGAAGGACAGCCCCUGUCUACCUCAUACAGCGUUGCACUGUGUGUCUUCAGAAGAGUCACUGUGUCUACCGCAUAAUGAGGUAGCCAACACACCUCUCGUGUCACCUCUAGAGGAGAUCAAAAGUCUACAGCCACCCAGCGUCACCACAGCAACACUGCACGAGGCAUCAAGAUCAGAGUUACUGGAGCAGCUGAGGGUGACACGAGCAGAGAAGAAGAGACUCCGUUCAGUACUCCGAGACUUUGAGGACCACUUCUACACACAGACCGGCAGGAAUGCCCAGAAAGAGGACCGCGGGCCCAUGGCAGAGGAGUACUGCGAGUACAAGAACCUAAAAGCUAAACUCCACUUACUGGAAGCCCUGCUCAGUAAACAGGAUACUUACAAGACUGUCUAAGCCUCCUUCACAGUGGGACUUUUAUUUUGAAACACUUUUUUACUCAUUUAUAGGACCUUUAUUUUCAGAACAAUUUUCAAAGUGAAA